UGAUAUUGCCAGACCCCUCGUCAUUACACUAACACUCACUCACACACUCGCAGCACUGGACGCUUGAGUCAGUCUCUCUCUAGUUCUCGCCGUGCUAAGAUCGUCUAAAUAAAGCUAGUAUUAAAACGCUAAUAACCGGUCUUUUGGGAGAACUUAGAACAUGGUGUCAGAAGCUGACGCAAGCUUCUAGGUCUUUUCGGGCGUCAUUUAGUGAAAUCGCGGAAAACGACCAGUUUUUUUUCCUACGAAUAAAGUGUUCAUUCGUGUCGAGUCGCUUCGGCGGCCAUAUUGAGAAACUGAACUGAAUUGACCAACGACGGCGGCCAUUUUGAAGAAAAAGUCGCGUCGUUGGCCGUUGUGAAAAAGUGACUGUGUGAAAAAUAACAAAGUGAAUUGAAAAAAAGAACACUUUCCAGAAUGGAUGCGGAUCAGUUUAAACAGUUUUUGGACCAACAAAAAUCCAUAAUGGAGCGUCUGCUGGCCAAACUGUCGACGGAGUCAACAGGGGCGACCGGAUCCGCGGCGAAUCGUGGCCAAGCAUGCAGUGUUCCAGUACCCCAGCCGUCGCCGUUGUCUCUUGUGGGAGACAUGGCCGAGAACUUCGAUUUCUUCGAGCGCAGCUGGAAUAACUACGUGAAGGCUAGCGGCUUGGACAAAUGGCCGGCAACGGAAGCUCCCCGCAAAGUGAAUAUUCUGCUGACGGUGAUUGGAGAGCAAGCCAGGCGGAAGUUCCACAACUUCGAGUUGACAGAAGCACAGCAAGGAGACCCGAAAGCAGCACUCGAAGCUAUCAAAGCGUUGGUCGUGGCCAAACGGAACAUAAUUGUGGACCGCUUUGAUUUCUUCUCCGCCGCACAAUCAGCUAGUGAGUCCAUCGACGACUUCUGUGCCAGGCUCAAGGCGCUGGCCAAGCUAGCGAAGCUCGGAACCCUGGAACCAGAACUGCUCGCUUUCAAAGUCGUCACAUCCAACAAGUGGUCGCACCUGCGCACAAAGAUGCUGACAAUUUCGGACAUAACCCUCGAGAAAGCCAUCGAUCUGUGCCGUGCAGAGGAGAUCGCAGCUAAACGAUCCCAAGAGCUGGGAGGUUUCCUGCCAACGCCAGAAGUCAACAAGAUCAGCCGAGGGAGAGGAGACCACAAGCAGAAGACGUUGCGCUGCAAGUUUUGCGGAGGCUCUCACGAGUUCACAAAAGGAGCAUGCCCGGCGCUUGGCAAACGUUGCCACCGCUGUAAAGGCAAAAAUCACUUCGAAACAGUCUGCAAAGCUAGCUCGAAGGGUCGGAAGUCGAAGCGAGUCAAGGAAGUGAAAGACGACUACUACUCCGAGUCGGACACAGCGUCCGGCGGCAGUGAAUCUUCCGAAGAGUCUGCAGAGGAGUGCGAGAUUGGCAAGAUCUACGACAAUUCGCAAAACGGCGGUUGCGUUCUUGCUGAACUGGACUUGAAAUUCAACAACUCGUGGGAAACUGUGCUCUGUGAACUGGACACUGGGGCAAAUACCAGCCUGAUUGGCCUGGACUGUCUCAAGAAACUGACUGGAACGGACAAUCCCGAACUGCUGGCGUCGAAAUUCCGCCUGCAGAGUUUUGGUGGAAACCCCAUCACAGUAUUGGGCCAGGUGAAGGUGCCGUGUCGGCGGCCGAACAGGAAGUUUUCGCUGGUUCUCCAGGUCGUUGAUGUCGACCACCGCCCCCUACUGUCGGCAAGAGCUUCACGCGAACUUGGGCUGGUGAAGUUUUGCAACGCAGUUACCUUCGAGGAGCCAGUUCAACCAACACCGCCGUCGCCCCACUCUGAGAAGCUGUUCAACAUUUACCGCGUGAAAGCUCAAGAAAUCGUCAGCAGCCACGAAGGCCUCUUCACGGGCUACGGAAAGUUUUCCGGCACAGCGUCGUUGGAAAUCGACGACAGCGUCACACCGACGAUCCAACCGCCUCGGCGAGUUCCGAUCGCGAUCCGAGCAAAGCUGAAGGAAGAACUCGAAAAGCUCGAAAGUGACGGCAUCAUCGUGAAGGAGACGAAACACACCGAAUGGGUAAGCAACGUCGUAAUCGUCCAGCGAGGCUCUGGCUUUCGUAUUUGUCUGGAUCCGGUUCCGCUGAACAAAGCUCUCAAGCGGCCCAACCUCCAAUUCGUAACCCUUGAUGAAGUGCUUCCGGAACUGGGCAAAGCAAAAGUUUUUUCCACGGUCGAUGCCAAAAAGGGCUUCUGGCACGUUGUGCUGGACGAGCCCUCCAGCAAGCUCACCACCUUCUGGACACCGUUUGGGCGUUACCGCUGGAUUCGCCUUCCGUUCGGUGUUGCACCAGCGCCGGAGAUUUUCCAGAUCAAACUCCAGGAAGUAAUCCAAGGUCUCAAGGGAGUUGAAUGCAUCGCGGACGAUUUGCUGGUGUUCGGCGUGGGCGACACGCUGGAGGAGGCCCUAGCUGAUCACAACCGCCGCCUUGAGAAACUUCUUUGUCGGUUGGAACUCCACAACGUGAAGCUUAACAAAGCCAAGCUGAAGUUGUGUGAACGGUCCGUCAAAUUCUACGGUCACGUCCUCACCGAUGAAGGUUUGAAGCCGGACGAGUCCAAGGUUGCUGCGAUACGUGACUAUCCCCAGCCAAAAAAUCGCAAGGAGGUGCACCGGUUUGUUGGCAUGGUCACGUACUUGGGGCGCUUCAUCAACAAUCUCAGCGCCAACUUGACCCACCUACGAAUGCUGAUCCCGGAGUCGGCAACUUGGAAGUGGACAUCUGUGGAAGAGAGCGAGUUCAACAAGGUGAAAUCGUUGGUUUGCGACAUCAAAACACUACGCUACUACGAUGUCAACCAGCCAAUCACCAUUGAAUGUGACGCUAGCAGCAUCGGUCUCGGUGUGGUCGUGUAUCAGCGCGACGAAGUGGUUGGAUACGCGUCGCGAACCCUCACGGCAACUGAAAAAAACUACGCGCAGAUCGAAAAAGAACUCCUGGCGAUACUUUUUGCCUGUACCAGAUUCGACCAGCUGAUAGUUGGAAAUCCAAAAGCGACCGUCAGGACCGACCACAAGCCACUGGUGAACAUCUUCAAGAAACCGCUUUUGUCAGCACCACGGCGGCUGCAACACAUGUUGCUCAACCUACAGCGGUACAAGCUGUCAACGGAGUUCGUUACGGGAAAGGACAAUGUGGUUGCGGAUGCUUUGUCACGUGCACCAGCCGGCGGAGCAGAAGGAGACGACUUCUACAAGAAGCAGGACAUCUUCAAGAUCUUCGAAGAAAUCCAAGAGGUGAAACUCAGCAGCUUCUUAGGUGUGUCGAGCGCCAAACUGAACGAUCUCAUGCGGGAGACUGAAAAGGACACCCCACUCCAGCACGUCAUCGGCUACGUUCGAGGUGGAUGGCCUGCCUCUGCCGAUCAAGUUCCGGACGCCGUCAAAAUCUUCUUUGGAUAUCGGCAUGAACUGUCUACCCAGGAUGGGCUGGUCUUCCGCAGUGACAGGAUUGUGGUCCCAUAUAUCCUCCGCCGGAAGAUGAUCGAGAGUUGUCACGCAAGCCACAACGGCAUCGAAGCAACACUACGGUUGGCAAGGGCGAACCUGUUCUGGCCGGGCAUGACGUCAGAGAUCAAGAACGCGGUGAAAGGGUGCUCUGUCUGUGCAAAGUUUGCCGCGUCUCAACAAAACCCUCCGAUGAAAAGUCACGAAAUUCCGGUUCAUCCGUUCCAACUCGUGUCAAUGGAUGUCUUCUUCGCUGAGCAGAGCGGCGUCAAGCACAAGUUCCUGAUCACCGUCGAUCACUACUCGGACUUUUUCGAAGUGAACCUGCUGAAAGAUCUGAGUCCGGAAUCCGUGAUCAACGCCUGCAAACAGAACUUCGCGAGGUUUGGUGUGCCCCAACGUGUCGUCACCGACAACGGAACCAACUUUGCCAACCGAAAAAUGGUGCAGUUCGCCAACAACUGGGACUUUGAGCUUGUCACGUCGGCACCACACCACCAACAAUCCAACGGCAAGGCUGAGGCCGCGGUCAAGAUUGCCAAGCAGCUGAUGAAGAAGGCAGCUGAAAGUGAAUCCGACUUUUGGUUUUCGUUGCUGCAUUGGCGAAACAUUCCGAACAACGUCGGAUCCAGUCCAGCAUCACGCUUGCUGUCCCGUUCAACUCGCUGUGGUGUGCCAACUGCCGCAACCCACCUUGUGCCUAGGGUGGAGGAAGAUGUUCCCGCUAAAAUUGAAGCCAAUCGGAAGCGAUCGAAGCUGUGCUACGACCGAAAGGCACGAAACUUACCGGAACUGGAAGUUGGAUCCCCGGUAUACGUGCAGCUGAAUCCGGAGACUUCCAAGCUGUGGACACAGGGCACCAUCACGAACCGACUCAACGAACGCUCAUACCAGGUGAACGUGGGAGGUGCCGAUUACCGCCGAUCGCUGGUACAUCUGAAGCCGCGUAAAGAACCCGCUACGCUGCCUGACCGCCAGUCGUCAUCCUGCGUGAUGAGUUAUCGGGAGGAGGAAACAACCGACGAGAACGAUCACCAACAGCUCAACACCCGGGAGGAACGCAGAGAAGCCACGGUAGACGAAACCGUUUGUCAACAAGGUCAACAAGCCGUGCAGCCGUGCGUGCUGCAGCCUGAAACGUCAACGCUUGCGGAAAUGUCAACACCGAGGGAGUUGGCUGUUACACCGUUGCCGAUCCGACAGGAGCGGCAGGAGAGGAAUCGGACGAUUACACCGCAGAAAGUCGAGCGACCGAAAAGGGUUACCAGAAUUCCAGAGAAGUUUAAAGAUUAUAAGUUGUAGUUUUGGAAUAUUGUUUUUAGAGAAAAGAGAGGAUGUUAUGAUAUUGCCAGACCCCUCGUCAUUACACUAACACUCACUCACACACUCGCAGCACUGGACGCUUGAGUCAGUCUCUCUCUAGUUCUCGCCGUGCUAAGAUCGUCUAAAUAAAGCUAGUAUUAAAACGCUAAUAACCGGUCUUUUGGGAGAACU